CUAUUGCUCCCGCGCUCUCACUCAAUAUAUUCCAUCUGCUCCCUCUCACUCUCUCCCCCUUUCCCUCCCUCUCACAUGCUCCGUUUCUCGUACUCUCAAUUACCUCUCUCUCUUUCGCUCCUUCACUCAGGGGAUGGAUGCAGGGAGGGUGACAGGGUUUACAUCUCCGAUGAGCGAGCUAAAGAAUUUUCUUGGUUCUUUCGGUAAAGUUACAUAGAAAACGUGACUUUACCAAAAGAACCAAGAAGAUAAAUCCCUGCAGUCACGAAAGCUUUAAAUCGAAAUUUGAGCUAAAGAAGUUCCCCAUGCAGAGAGGGAGGGAUGGAGGCAUCUGUCUGGAGCGCUCCUCACCCUCUCACCCUCUCACAGUGCCACUGCUGCUGCUGUUACUACUGCGGUUCGCCCUCCUCCCGCUGCUGCUGCUGUGGCUCUCAGUCUGCGAGCUGUGCAGGGAUUACUACCUGGUCGAGUGCUCCGUGCACGGCCCGCCAGAGUUCAUCGCGGACGCGGCCGUGGCCCCGGGAGUGGCCAACAGGGCCCGGCUCAGCCUGCCCCAGGGCCUCACCGUCGGCGCCUCCUCCAUCGCCGGCGCCGGCCUCGGGGUGUGGAGCAACAGGAAGAAGCUGCCCAAAGGGGUGAUGUUUGGGCCCUACAAGGGAGAGGUGUCUGAGGAGAACCCCGUGAGCGAGUACUGCUGGCUGGUGAGCUGCUGCUCCUGCCGCUGCCACUGCUGCAGCCUCCUCCUAUUCCUACAUCAUCAUCGUGUGUGUAGAGAGGAGGCUCGUGAAGGAAUUUACAAAAACAAAAAGGAUCGUGAAUAUGUUGAUGCUCACGAUGAAUCUAAGUCAAACUGGAUGAGGUUCGUCAACUGCGCGAGGAAUGAGCAGGAGCAGAACCUGGUGGCCUUCCAGCACAGGGGGCAGAUUUACUACCGCACGUUCCGUGCCGUGGGGGCCGGCUCUGAGCUGCUGGUCUGGUACGGCGAGGAGUUCGCCCAGGAGCUAGGCAUCGCCUGCGAGGCCGGGCCCUCGCGACGCCGCAGCAGCAGCAACGAGAUGGCUCCCAGGGCCACCGCCAGAGACCUGCAGCCUGUGCAGCCUCCACCAAGCGAGGAACACUGUGGAGUGGGUGUGGAGGUCACAAGGCUGCCGUGUCCCGACUGCAACCGUCAGUUCAUCUGCCGCUCUAGUCUACAGCAUCACGUGCAGAGGAGACACCCCACGAAGCCCAGUAACAAAAGUCAUCAGUGUGACCAAUGUUCAUUCAGCACAGACUACAAGAGUAGCUUGAAGAAACACCAGAGAACACACACGGGAGAGAAGCCGUUCAAGUGCACUGUGUGUGAGAAGGCAUUUGCACGGAUAUCAAAUCUCCACAGCCACCAGAGAACACACACGGGAGAGAAGCCGUUCAAGUGCACCGUGUGUGAGAAGGCGUUUGCAGACUCAUCACAUCUUCACAGCCACCAGAGAACACACACGGGAGAGAAGCCGUUCAAGUGCACGGUGUGUGAGAAGGCGUUUGCACUGCUAUCAACUCUUCACAGCCACCAGAGAACACACACGGGAGAGAAGCCGUUCAAGUGCACCGUGUGUGAGAAGGCAUUUGCACAUCUAUCAACUCUUCACAGCCACCAGAGAACACACACGGGAGAGAAGCCCUUCAAGUGCACCGUGUGUGAGAAGGCGUUUGCACGGAUAUCAAAUCUCCACAGCCACCAGAGAACACACACGGGAGAGAAGCCGUUCAAGUGCACCGUGUGUGAGAAGGCGUUUGCAGACUCAUCACAUCUUCACAGCCACCAGAGAACACACACGGGAGAGAAGCCGUUCAAGUGCACGGUGUGUGAGAAGGCGUUUGCACUGCUAUCAACUCUUCACAGCCACCAGAGAACACACACGGGAGAGAAGCCGUUCAAGUGCACCGUGUGUGAGAAGGCAUUUGCACAUCUAUCAACUCUUCACAACCACCAGAUAACACACAUGGGAGAGAAGCCCUUCAAGUGCACCGUGUGUGAGAAGGCGUUUGCACGGAUAUCAAAUCUCCACAGCCACCAGAGAACACACAUGGGAGAGAAGCCGUUCAAGUGCACCAUGUGUGAGAAGGUGUUUGCACAGCAAUCAACUCUUCACAGGCACCAGAGAACACACACCGGCCAGAAUGCAUUUUCUCAUUCCCGUGGAAACAGAAAAGUCAGCCAUCCUGAGCAAAACGCGCACAGCGCCGAGCUGUGAAUUAGUUUUAAACAACAGGCCACGUGACUAGCCGAGGCUGUGCCACUCUUGAAACUGAUUUUGAAUGUGAACACGGAAACCUACGGAUCCUCCUACACCUGCCUCACACUCUGUGGGGGGUGCGAGAUUAAACCGACCCGGCCACCCCUCGAUUGCAAGUGCGGAGUUCUAGGUCCCAAACACUGCACGUGUCCCCCCCCAUCACCUGGGGGUCCCUGUGUGUGUGAGUGUGCAGAGUCCCCCGUGCAGAGCUGCACUGUUGUUACCCUCGAGGGGGGCACCGCAGGGCGAUCCACCUACAGAUACCCCAGUCUGCACGUCUCCCGCUGGUCUCCAUGCGCACCGCGUGCCGUCUCGUAGCCCUGCCCCGUGCGACGUACGUACAGUACGUACUGUACAUACAGUACAUACAGUACGUACCCAUCCAGCGGUAGACUGAACCACGGCCGAUGACGAAGGUGGCAUCCGCUCACAAAUCUCCGAACACUCAGUCCAGAGGUCGCAACCGGGUACCCGAUACCCGUACCCUACCCGAUACCCGGCCGGGUACGGGUAGACCGUGAGUCACUGGUGAGUAACUGUUUGUCACUCAUUUCCCAACGUCUUGUCUCUUCUCACAAUUCAAGUUCCUAGAAUCAACCCACCCGCGCCUGCAACAUGGCUUCACCCCAGAGGUCGCAAUCAGGUACCCGAUACCCGAGUACGGGUACCUGUUUACAACGCUGGUGCGGCCGGGUACGGGUAAGGAAUCAAAACCCGUUUGCGACCUCUGACUCAGUACCGUAGCCCCGAGCCAUCACUUGCGCGAUAUUCACUUUGCUGCUGAGAGGAAAGCUACAGGGAGGAGGUGGGGGGGUUGCUAUGAGAGGACA